UUCGACGUCUUUCGUUACGUGAUCGAAGUGGGUUGGCACCUGCAAGGAUCGAAGCACAGAAAGAGGGUGCUGACAUUAUACGGUCUUGGUCAAAGGAAGACGUCUCAUCAGAUGUCAACACAAUGCCACCACCGUUGCACGGCAAUCGCGACUCUCCCAACAAACGAGUUCUUAAACAGAGCAAUAAACCGAAGCCGAUGAGCCCUGAUGAGUGGCUGCGAAAGUUGGAGACGGGUGGAGACGAGGAUGAUGAAGGCACUCCAAGACGAGGUGGUAGCCAACGACGACGACCGAAAAAAGGCGGAAAAGGUCCGUCCGAAAUGCAAGAUCUGCGGCCGAAUGGUGACGCGUCGCGACGCGGCAAACAGCCGUGCUGUUGUGCGAUUUGCUAA